GCGAUCACUUCUAUUCUGGGUAAUGUUAUUAUUCUAGCUGCCCUGAAAAAGCAGUCAUCUCUCCAUCCACCGUCUAAGAUCUUGUUAAGCUUCCUGGCGAUCACUGAUUUAUGUGCUGGGCUUAUUUCACUGCCAAUUUUCAUCACACUACUGAUGGCAUUCCAAUAUAAAAUUGAGGAAAUUGUUACCUUCACAACGGAACUCACCAGUUACAUUAGUACAGCCCUUUGCUUAUCAUCUUUGUUCACACUUGCCGCAAUAAGCGUGGACAGAUUUCUCGCUCUGUUCCUGGGCAUCAGAUACAGACAAGUGGUCACCUUACGGAGAACUGCAAUUAUCGUGGUCUGUUCUUGGACUGUCAUCGCCGGUUGCAUUAUCACGGUGAAUUGGAUUGACAUCCUUACAGUCCUCCUCACUUACGUCACGGCCACUGUUCUCCUCUUUCUAAUGGUGUCAAUUUGUUGUUAUACAAUGAUUUAUCAAAAGCUUCUUCAGCAUCAAGCUCAAGUACAAGAAAAUCUUCAUCGAGGUGAACCAAACGGACACGAGCCACUGAACAUAGCUCGAUACAGAAAGACAGUGUCCAGUACAUUAUGGAUACAAUUUUCAUUAGUGGCUUGCUACCUGCCCUUUGGUGUAACUCUUGUAUUAUUGAUGGUGCAUGGCCAUACCACAUCAAAUCUUAUUUCCGCAUGGGUAUUUUCUAAAACUGUUGUCAACUUUAAUUCAACACUGAAUCCGAUCCUUUAUUGCUGGAAGAUCACAGAAGUCAGACGAGCAGCUAUUGGCAUUAUUCGAGGAGUAUGGUGCGGUUAAGUUCAAAUUAAGGAGCCAUCGACUUUCUUUUACUCCACAAAUGUACAUAUUUCAGGCUUAUCCAUAACAUAAUCUAUAUCUUUCAUGCUAAUAAGACCAAUAAAAAUCGCAUUGUAAUGUUGUAGAUACUGUGAAUUAUAUUUGUUUUAAAGCCAAGUGACCCAUUCUGUGGGCGAGCUAAUCACGGUUACGUCAGCAUGAAACGACCUGGAUUCAAAUAAUCACCAGAAAUCCAAAGCCAUCGCGUCAACAUCCCGUGAAAGUUAGGCGGCAUCAUAAAACACUGUUUCUCGAAAGGUCCGUUAACUUAUUACAGUCACUUUACGGACCGAAAAGCUAAUCAUUGGUUGGUUUUUACAUUCUGGAUCGAGAAACCGAUAAUUUUAAAAUGAAUCGAUAAAAUUUCAGGAAAUUAAAAAGAGUGAGCAAGUGUUUGAACUUAGACUCGCGCAAUUGUUCCUCAGAUUGGGAUUGAAAAAAAUAUGGUUUCGGGCCUGGGACCUACGAAAUUUGGGGAUAAAAACGCUUUUUCUAUCAAAAUUCAACACGUUCACCUUUCGGAUUCUGCGCUUCGAUGACCUGACAUUGAGCCACAGAGAAAUCAGUUGUGAGUUGGGUCAUUACAAGGUUCAUAUCGGACAAGUGUUCUGCAUUCUACAGGGAUCAGUAGGAUCGAAACCGUCGUUUGAUUCGACAGAGGUUUGAGCUCGAUGGUAAAAUCAAGAAAAAUUUUAUUUACUUUGUCAUUAAGUUUUGCCUUACCCAACUUUCAGAUUAAGUUUUUACGAAAAAAAAAUGACUGAGCCUUCGUUAAUAAACUUUGAAUUUCCUGUAACACCACCGGGAAAGUGCUGUAAAAAAUUUUAUGGAUGAACUUCGAAAAAAAUCAACACUAAAACUUUACUGUGUUUUAUUCUCAUACAAUGAAGAUCAGUAAAGAAUAUCGGUGUAUAAAUAAUUAAAACUUGCGAGAAAUGAAACUGAGCAACACAGCAAGGAGCGGCUUAUCGUUAAAUUAGAAAAAAAACGGAAAUGUGUUUAAUGAGACGUCAUAAGUUUAAAUUUUGUUUUCAUUUUUUACUGUUUCAAUUGGUUUCUUGGACAAAAUCUAAUUAUCUUCAAAACGACUGAUUAGCAAAGAGGGUCGUGACGUCAUUUUUGCCCUGGAUCACUUAGCUUAUCCCUCAUAAUAUUUCGCAGACCUGAAAUGAUGUGUUCCAAUUUUUGAGAAGGCUACAGCUCUUUAUAUGCUAUCUUUAUUACUUUUGGUAGGCCUACUGAUAAGCCGAAAUAGAAAAAAAAAGAAAAGAAAAAAAAAGGGAGGAAGGAAAAAGAAGACAAAUUCACAGCGCGCUGGUUUUUUAGUAUCCGAUUUCGCUUUAUAAGAGCCCUCCCCCUCAGGAUUUAGCUUCAUGAAUCGGACUAACAUUCAAAGAAACACUACGGGCUCCGUUUUUUGGUUUGAUGAUAUGUACUAUUAUAGUUGCAGUGCUUCAGCUUAAAAAAUUCUUUCAGGUGAAAACGAUCCCUUUCUGCAGCUUUCAACCUUAAAUAACAAAUACAAGGUGAACACAUGAGUCACGUGGUAUCCUUUGUUUAUUCGAGACAAGCAACUAAAGACGUUAUAUGGUGAGUACGAUUUGUUCAAGUUUAAAAAUAAUGUCUUCCUUAAUUUCUAGGGUUACUUUUUCCAUUUACACUUGUUCGUCAAAGUCACAACAUCAGGGUGUCACCACUGACCUACACCGAUGGUACGGAAUUGAAAACCAUCCACGAAGACCAAGGGGUGAGGGGGGGGGGCCAGAGAGUCCCUCACUAAACCAGUCCCAGAAGCCAUUUGACUCUCAUUGGGGCCUGGGACUUAGACAAACCCUCCCCCUCUUAGGCAUGUUUUGAUCAUGUAAAAGUACUUCUAGCGCAAAGCUCGCUCAGAAAGUGAACAAGGUUUUAGUAUUGAAAGAACAAAUGAGAGCAAAUGUAGCCUGGAAAAAGUGUAUUUAUCUAAACGAGCAAACGUAGUCAAAUAAGGCAAUACGAUGAAUAAACAUUUCUGCUCCUAAGCAUAAAGUAGGAGACAUAUUCCUAAUAAAAUUAAGUGCUAUCGCCUUAUUAUUCUUGUGUGGCAGAUUCGAGUCAGAUUCACUGAGACAAAAUAGAAACGACAAAACACAUAAAAAUAUAUCGGUGUUUAUCAUAAAAGAAGAACUGAGUUUGAUUGUUUCAUUCAUUUAAGUUUUGAAGCACAACAGCAAUUAAAAAUAUGGCAUUGCUCUCGCAAAUCAAUGCCGAAAGCUUUUUUCUUCUGAGAAUGAUAAAGUUUCCUAAAAACUGUAUUGCGGUUAAGUAAGUAAUGCUGUGAAGUUAAAUGCGGUGAGUAGACAACGGAGGUGAGCCGUAGGCUAAUUAUUUUAAAAGGCUGAGAAGAUGAAUAUUGUACUAAAGUAGUAGCAAUUCUCGAAAGGAGUUGUAUGUCUCGAAUAACGUUAGCCUUGAACGAGACUCGAAACCAUGCUGCCCUGCGGUGAUGCCGUGGCGACGCUCCAACCAGCUGACCCGCCAAUCACGGUGAUUGGGGGCUGGUCAUGAGUUCGAAAUAUGUAGAUUGUGCAAAUAUAAAUUGCGUUGCAACAGGUCUGAAAUCAAUUUUUCUGUCACUUGUAUGCGUCUCUGAUUCAAACCAGCGAAGCCCGAUUCUUUGGAAGAUCAGAGAUGUCCUUAACAGCUCUAAAAUCGUAUCAUCAUAUCCAAAUUAGGAAUCUCCUCAAGCAGGUCUUUGUUGACGCAGCUGUACGGAGUAAAUAAUGACUUAUAUUACGACCUCACAGAAGCACUCAUGGCAGGAGGCAAAAUCAAUCAAGCACCCUCAUGAAAAAAAUUGCUAUUUUAAUUAAAUUUUUAGUUUGGUAAACAACAAAAACUUUCAUUACAGCAAAUCUAUAAAACAGAAUUAAAACGCAAAUGGUAGAUGAAGCAUGGAAUAUAUAACUAUUGAAUCAUACCUCCGCUUCAUUAAAAUUUAUAAGUAUAAAAUGUCAGUUAUAAAAUUGUCACCUACAAUUUUGUUUCGUAAAAUAAUCAAAUAAACUGACACUCAGCUGAAACGGAUGUAAUAAAAAUGAAUAUAGAAUGAAUUCGGCGCUAAGGCGCAGGCAUAUUUCGCUUAAUGUACACUAUAUAAGGGUUGUUAAUUAUCUUACGUCUUAAUUUGAUUUACCAAAGACAUCGUGCGUGUUUGCAAUUUAUGAGUUUUAUUUUCUGUGAAAGAAAAUCUUAAACAACGUGCUUGUUGUCAGUGAGCAGAGUCGACUAGAAUUAUUAGCACAAAACGUUCCUCCCAGACCAACUGUAGGCUGACCGUCAUGAUCAGUGAUCUAUACCGAGGUUGUCAAGGACUUUCACAAAUGAAAAAGCAGUCAUUUCGGUUUCUGGAAGCCGUGAACAUUUUUCUGGCAAUUACUGCUACUUUAGCCAAUGUUUUCAUCCUGGUGGCUUUUCAUAAGGACUCAUCCCUUCAUCCACCUUCCAAGAGUUUGCUGCGUUUCUUGGCGAUCACUGAUUUGUUUGUCGGGAUUCUCGCAGAGCCUUUUUAUGUCGCGUUAUUGUUUCUAACAGAGUACGGCGGUGUUAGUCUAUGUGCAAAGAUUUUUGGCAUCGCCGGCACGUUAGCGGGAAUUUUAGGUUUAUUAUCUUUAUUUACCAUAAGUGCAAUAAGUGUGGACAGACUUCUCGCUCUGCUGUUAGGCUUGAGGUACAGACAAGUGGUUACUUUUAAGCGAGUCCUAAUAACUGUGGUUUGUUUUUGGACUUUCCUCACUACCGCAUACGUGAUUGUCAUGGGCACCUUUGCCCACCUUUUCUUUUACUUCAUCACAACAAUUUCGCUAUGCUUAGCCGUCGCAACUUGCUGUUACAUCAAUAUUUUUCAGACGCUUAAUCGCCAUCAAGUUCAAAUACAAGAACAAAGUCGCGGCCGAGGACACCCAAAUGGCCAUCCUCCUCUGAACAUUGCACGAUACAGGAAGACAGUGUCUAACGCAAUCUGUGUACAGUUUUCAGUC